AAGUUGGGUUUGAAUGUCAAGUAUCAUGUGUCUAGGCAAACGGUUCUUGUUGAGUUUGCAAACCCCAUCAUCUCUCCUUACUGCAGUCCUUAGUGUACCACCAUCUGGCCCACAGCUGAAAACUAUUAAGAUCUGCUGGAACUUCCUCUUCACUAUUCCUCCGCAGUUUGAAGGUGUAAUAUUGUCAGAUACUCAGGAGGGACCUUGGAGACGCACAUUUUCCACUAUGAACCGCGCCUUCAACAGGAAAAAAGAUAAAUCAUGGAUGCACACCCCGGAGGCACUGGCCAAGCAUUACAUACCCUACAAUGCCAAGUUCCUUGGAAACACAGAGGUUGAAGCCCCAAAAGGCACAGAAGUUGUAAAGGAUGCAGUCAGAAAGCUAAAGUUUCAGAGACAUAUCAAGAAGUCAGAGGGACAGAAGACCCCCAAAGUGGAAUUGCAGAUUUCCAUUUAUGGCGUGAAGAUACUAGACCCCAAGACAAAAGAUGUGCAGCAUAACUGUCAGUUACACAGGAUAUCCUUCUGUGCAGAUGACAAAACAGAUAAAAGGAUAUUCACUUUUAUCUGCAAAGACUCGGAAUCCAACAAACACCUCUGCUAUGUGUUUGACAGUGAAAAGUGUGCAGAGGAGAUAACUCUAACUAUCGGUCAGGCCUUUGACUUGGCCUACAAGAAGUUCCUGGAGUCUGGGGGUAAAGACGUGGAAACCAGGAAACAGAUUGGAAGCCUACAGAAAAGAAUUCAAGAACUGGAAACAGAAAACUCUGAGCUGAAGCAACAGCUUCAAGACCUUGAAGAACAGCUGAUGAUAGCUCAUGUGCCACCACCGCUGCACAUAAACGCAGCUAAUGAAGCGUACAUGCUGCAGAGGCCCUCCUCUCUCUUCUGGUGUCACAGCAUCAAGUCGCUCUCCUGUCUGGAAAUCUCCUCUGUCACGCUCACUCCUAUGAGCUCGCCGGAGUCCAACUUGUCCACUGGGCUACUAACUCCUCCGCCUGCCAAACCUGCUCUCCUUCCUCCUAAGCCUACCGAGGGAUGCAGCAUCCCGCGGCCUCGCGCAGGGAGUAUCUCCAUUAAACCGCAGUCUACGGACGUUUUCGACAUGGUUCCCUUCUCACCUGUGACGCCGCUGGUGCCCACUCUGGCCAGCAACGGCUGCCCACCACCACCACCGACCACAUUACCACCAGAUAUAAGAAAAGACCUGUUUGGUGCUGAGCCCUUCGAUCCGUUCACCUGCGGAGCAGCUGACUUCCCUCCAGAUAUUCAGUCAAAGCUGGAUGAGAUGCAGGAGGGGUUCAAAAUGGGACUAACCUUAGAGGGCACUGUCUUCUCUCUGGACCCGCUAGACAGUCGCUGCUGAUGCCAAGAAGAUGCUCUUUGUCACGUACUUUUAACUCGUUUGUAUGAAGAAGUGCCAAAAUCCACUCCACAGUUGAGUCAAGAUGUCACAGUUUUCAUCUUGAGGUUUAUAUGCAUUUGCAUUUAGAUUGGUUUUUCGAUAUUUCAAGGUAAACUCAGAUCCAUUAUAGAAGAGAACUAUUUUUGUAAAAGAAAACAACUUAUGGAAGGAGUAGUUUUGAGUACCUUUGCUUGAACAGGCAAUGAGAGAUGUAAAUAGUCGAAUAUGUCCAAUGGUACACAGAAUUUUCAUAUGACAGUUUGUGUGUAUGCACCAUUUGAAUUAUGUAUUGUUAACACAUUCCUGUUUGUAUGCCAAACACAAGCUGGAGAAGAAAAUAAAUGGAAUCUGUAUCAUUAACACAGCUUGCCCAUAACGUCAUAUAGCUUUUUUUUACUCACCAUUAUUUCACACAUGAAUUAAUCCAGUUGCUUACUGACCUUUUCACUGCUUGUUUUUGAUGUUGAGUUGUUUGUUUAUUUUAUUUUUGUUUGUUUUUUGCAUUUCACAUGAGUUGCCAUUUCAGUAUUUACGUGUCAUAUUUUUUACUUUGUCAUGAUUUUAGUCUGCUUUUCUUGCACCAGAGGGCACUUUUUUUGGAUAGCCUCUGUCCAUAUACAGUACAGUACUAUUCCCAUUAUUUUACUUUUGGUUGCAUUGACUUUGCUGUUACACCUAUUAAAGAAAAUCUUACUGCAAAAAAAAAUGCUACUCAUUGAUUCUAUCAUUUAAUAUUAUUUGCGUGACUUUAUUAAGCUGUUGUGUAAAGGUUUUGUGUUUGAGAUGUUUUCUCUUUAAUUCAAAUAUUUUAUAUUAGCCAUGCUGUUAGCUCUAUGGAUGGCAGUGUUGGACGAUCAGUCCGCCAGUUUGGGCCGAACUCAAAAUGUCUCAAUUUUGUACAUUUUGGUUCCCAGAUGAGACUGAAUUUGGUGAUCCUUGGACUUUUCCUCCAGCACAUCCAUGAAGGUUGACACAUUUGGUUCUCUUUGAAAUGUCUUCACAGCUACUGGAUGCAUUACUAUGAAAUUUGGUAAAUGUGUGUAUGAUCCCACAUGAUUAAUUGUAAUAAUGUUGGUGAUUCCUUGACUUUUCAUCUAGUGCCAUCAUCAGGUCAAAAUUUAAAUUGGUCCAAUACAUGAAAACAAAUUACAUUCCCACUAGCUUUGCUGUAGCUACAUACUUGUGUGAUGUGUAACGUUGAUGCAGUUUCAGAAGCAGUUCACUCUGCCGUUGACCUACUUUUUCAGUUGUAUCUAUAUUAAAUAUGUGGUGUCACUUUUUUUUUACUA